UUUGGGGUUCGUUGAAAAUCCCCCUUGUAGGAGGACAGGCCCGGCAUAGCUAGCCAUUUUGGCUCAAGGGAGCAGCUGCUUGCUGCUGCAGCCUCCCUUCGACGCCAUGGCGAGCGAGGAGACGGCGGACUCCAGCCGCGACCCCGAGGCAUCGCCGCUCGUGCCCAGGCCCCGCCGCCAGCAGCGCCGCUCGGUGCUGAGACUGUCCGCCGCCUCGGUUGCCGCCGUGCUGUUGAUGACCGUGGCGCUAGCCGCGCGCGCCCCUGCCGCCGGGGCGGCGGGACCUGCUCGCGGGAGCGGCGCCGUCCACGCCCUGGACGGCGCCAUGACGCUGAAGGCCGCCGCCGCGACGCCGGCUCUCGCAGGGCCGGCGGCCUUGGAUCAUGUGGCCCGCGACGCGAGGCGCGUCGCGGCGGCGCCGCCGGGCGGCCUGACCCGGGCCUUGAGGAGCACGGAUGGCCACGGGGAUACGGAAGCGCACGGCGAAGACCACCACAACGCCGAGAGCACGACCAAGACUGCGAGCGGCGAAGGCGGAACGGACGACGACGACCAUCACAGCGCGGAGUUCAAGGCCAAGACUGCGAGCGGCGAAGGCGGCAAGGACGACGACGACGAGACGGUUGUCUAUGACAAGAGCGGCGGGCACCUCGAGGAGGACUUCGUGAGUGCAGCGCUGAGGCCGCAGGAGUUGCAGCGUACUACCUGAUGCCGAUCUUCUUCGGCAUCAAGAUCACACUGACCAUGAGCAUCUUCGGGUUCAGCAUCCGCUUCAAGAAAGAUGUCGUCGCAGCAAUGCUGAAAAGGGACGGCUUCUGCGCGACGAGGACAACGCACGGCUUCCUCCAGACGGUUGGCUCUUACGACAUCGUGAAGAACAUGAAGGAGGUCGUGAAGUUCAUGUGUCAGUUGGGCUUCUUCGCCAUGGCCUGCAACGGCUUCCAACACGACUUCCAGUUGUACACCCAGGCCACGAAGGACAUGGACGGCUUCUUCAAGAGGAUGUGCUGUCUGGCAAUCAUCGUGGCAACAUCGGCCAACUACGUUGCUGCCAGGGCGUUGGUUUCCCAAGUGACCUACGAAAAUCCGGUCAGGUUGCUGGGAUUGACAGAGGUGAGGUACAGAUGCUUCCCUAUGAGACCUGGGUCCUCCCUUGGAGGACUUCCCCUGAUGCCAGGUGGCGCGAAGUGGUUCCGGUGCGAGAAGCAUCUCUAUUUCCUCCUCCUGUCGCCCUACCUGAUCUUCAGAAAUGUGUUUUUCAAGGUCGCUCUGAAGUUGGCCUACCUCGUUUGGCUUUGCUCCACAAAGUGGGCAAUGUGUCUUCACCUUUGUACUGUGAGCUGCAACUGCUGCUGUUCGCUCAUCGGUUGCAUCGUGUCCUUCGGCCUGUGGGCUUGGGCCAAGGAGUCCUACGGGUAUUGGUGGUCACUGAUCGCACCCUUCUUCUACUUCUUCCUGAUGCAGAGCUGGGCCACCAUCGUUGCCCCCAUUGUGUUCAGCGUCUUCUACGGAUUCGUGAACCGAAUGACGUGGGAACAAAUGCGGAAAGGUCUUGGAGACAUCCUCACGCCCGCAGCGACUCAGGCUCAAGACACCGUCGCCAGCGGGAGCGCCGGGUUGAUGGAGCAGCCCCUUGCAGACGAGGAGGACAGAACGCCCGCAGCGACUCAGGCUCAAGACACCGUCGCCAGCGGGAGCGCCGGGUUGAUGGAGCAGCCCCUUGCAGACCAGGAGGACAGAAUCAGGCUCAUCAACCUGAACCGCACGGAGUUGGAGAAAGACUUCUCUGACGUGCCGGUCAGCGAAAACGCCCUCGAGGAUGACACGAAGGAUGACACGAAGGAUUCCUUGGAUGACACGAAGAUCAAGAUCUUCUUCUGGAACAUGUUCCAGAUGUCGUAUAUCACCCUUGAGCAGAUGUUGCUCAUUAGCUUGGUGCGCGUCAUCUUCUGCAGCGGAUCCUUGGAGGCGUACGUGGGAAGCUAUCAGCUGACGAUCGGCGAGCGGCAUUGGUACACGUACUACGGCCACGUGGCGAAGCUCGCGGAGAGGGGCAUAGUCAGCGCCACGAACGCUAUCUGGAUGCUCGUCUAGUGAAGCAGCGGUCGCCCAGGCUGGCCAAGACCACCCUAGGUCGCCAGCCUCAACAAGGGAACGAAGCCUUGCGGCUUCGCACGCCUGCGACGAGCAUAUUGUCCUAAUGAUAUUCUCCCAGUGUGGAGAGCUUGCGGUAUGUUUGAGUUCUGCUCUAGAUCGGCCGAAGGUUUUUUGAGGUGUUUUAUUACAAGGGAUGGGGUGGGAUGGAAAUGAAGAUACAUCUUUGUUCGAGUAAUUAUUCACUCUGGACAACAUGGGCCCAGACCCUGGGAGCUGUGAGCCUCCCAGGGGCGAUUUUGAGUUAGGGUAUGUCAUAUUUUCCUGAGUUGGGCCCCUCGCCUCGAACCUUUGCUGUUCGAGCUUGUGUGACCUGAGCGUAGAGAGGACGGCAACAAUACCCUAGGAUGCAUGCAACUCCCCAGGACGCGUGGUCGCACACGACAUGAUUUCCGAAAGGUGCGAGUUAUACAGACAGUGUAUGAUACCGGGACGAUGCCGUCGCGCGGCAAUUUAAUGUCACCGCCAGAGGCGGCAACCCCAAGUGCUUCAAGGUUGCCACAUGCCUCGCGCGUGGGUCUAUGCGCCCUCGCGCUGCUGGCAGAAAACCGGGGGGGGGGU